AUGGGCGCCGCCGAGGAGCUGGCGCAGCGGCUGCGGGCGGCGCUGCGGGAAGAGGAGCCCCGGGCCGUGGAACAGCUGCUGCGCCAGGGCGCGGACCCCAACCUGGUGCUGGCGGACGGCGCGGCGGCCGUGCACUUGGCGGCCCGAGCCGGCCACCCGCGCGGGCUGCGCUGCCUGGACGCGCUGCUGCGGCGCGGCGGGGACCCCAACGCACGGUCCGACGAGGCUCUGACACCGCUGCAUGUGGCCGCUGCCUGGGGCUGCCGCCCGGGCCUGGAACUGCUGCUGAGUUGGGGAGCGGACCCCCAGCUGCGUGACCAGGACGGACUCCUCGCGGGAGACCUGGCGGAGCAGCACGGCCAUCACGACUGUGUCCACGUCCUGCGGGAAGCCCCGCACACCCGCACCCGGACCCCGGACCCGGACCCUGCCGAGCCCCAGGAGGGCGAUCCCCAGGGGAUGGGACCAGCUUCCAGCCACAGCACGACCCUAGUCGGGACAGCGGCAGACAGAGGCACCAGCAGGAACGCAGGCCAGGAUACUGGUCGGGGUCUCCCCAGCUGUCUUGCACACACUCAGGCUGUCUCCGACACCAGCUCUGACGAUGCCUCCAUCACGGCGGCCAAGGACUCUGCCCCAGGCCCCUCUCCCCCUGCCAGACCCAUGACCCCCGCCAAGCAGGGGCGCCUGAGUUGCGAGGGGCCUGAGUUGACACAUGCGGGGAGCCCCAAAGUGGAGCUCUGUGCCAGUCUGCAGGCGCUGACCCUGGCCUCCCCUAGCACCGAGUCCUGCCUGGACAGAGCGGUGGCCACCCCGUGGCAGACAGGGGAGAAGGUGGGUGCUGGGGAGCCAUCCCGCGGGUGCUCCCCGGUGGUCCCCCAGUCGGACCUGGAGCUCCUGCAGGGACUGCGGGCGCUGGGGGCCAGCCCUGGCCCGGUCACACCCUUCACCCGGCCACACUACCUUCGGCGCCUGCGCGAAGCCCGGACUGCUCGCGGCCCCAACUUCUCAGGGCACAGCCCGGAGCUGGCGGAGGCCCUGCGGACUGGCCAGAUCCCUGAUGCCCAGGAGGACGAGAACAUUCUGGCGCGGCAGUUUGAGCGGCCAGACCCCAGCAGGCGGUGGCGGGAGGGCGUGGCCAAGGGCAGCUUUACCUACCUGCUGCUGGACCCCAGGGAGACACAGGACCUACUGUCCCAGGCCACCUCCCUGUCCCCUGUGGACCGCCUCAGGACCUUUGUCCGGGCCAUCUUCUACGUGGGUAAAGGGAGCCGGGCCCGGCCCGAUGCCCACCUGUGGGAGGCUCUGAGCCACCGCCGGCGCCCCGUGAAGCAGGCCUCCCCGAAGGUGCUACGGAUCCUGGACAUAUGGGCGAGUGGACGCGGCGUGGUCUCCCUGCACUGCUUUCAGCAUGCCGUGGCGGCCGAGGCGUACACCCGCGAGGCCUGUCUGGUGGCAGCUCUAGGGAUCGGGAUGCUGACGAACCAGAAACAAGGACACUUCUAUGGGGUGGCGGCCAGCUGGCCCCACACCCGGCGCUGCAGGCUGGGUGUGCACCUGCUGCACCGGGCCCUCCUCAUCUUUCUGGCUGAGGGCCAGCGAGAGCUGCGUCCUGAGGACAUCCAGGAGCGUGGCUGAGCGUGCGGAGGCAGUGGGUCUCCAGCCGGCC